GCGGAAAGGACUCGACGUAUAGCAUGUGUUUGUGUGCGAAGAGUGGCCACGAAUUGGUCGGUUUGGCUAAUCUGGUGCCGAAGUCGGCCAAAGAGGAGGACUCCUAUAUGUAUCAGACGGUUGGCCAUGAGUUUCUCGAUCUGUACGCCGAAGCCAUGGCUUUACCACUGUUUCGGCGGACAAUAAGUGGCAAACCAUUGAAUACGGAAAUGGAUUACAACGAACUCGACGGCGACGAAGUGGAGGAUCUGUUCCAGUUGUUGGCCGACAUCAAGAAAGAGAUGCCCUUUGAGGGCAUAUCAGUCGGCGCUAUACUCUCGACGUACCAGAAGUUGAGAGUCGAGAACGUAUGCCAACGGCUGGGCGUUGAGAUGUUGGCACCGAUUUGGGCCAAAGAACAGACUCAGCUCCUGAAGGAUAUGAUUGCUUCCCAAAUGAACGCUAUUAUAGUGAAGGUUGCGGUGAUUGGUUUGGACGCAACCCACUUAUCCAAACCUAUUGACCAAAUGCUACCCAUUCUGGAAGAGCUGAACCAAAAAUAUGGGAUUAAUGUUUGCGGCGAAGGCGGAGAGUAUGAGACAAUCACUUUGGACUGUCCUCUAUUCAAGAAGAAGAUUGUUUUAGACGACUUUGAGAUAAUAACCCACUCUAACGAUGCGUUCGCAAAGGUUUCAUAUCUCAGACCAACUAAACUCCAUUUGGAGGACAAGAACUGAUUACUUGUUUACAUAUCCAUAUAUUUUAUAGUAAAUUUUAUUUUAUACAAUAAUUGUG